AUGAACGUCGAGAAGGCGGUCGAGGCCGGCCAUCCGCCUGUUGUCGACGUCAAGCAUCCCGUGGACAGCAGCAGCAGCAUCGAGGGAUUCACCCCAGAUGCCCAGGAAGGCGUCAAGAAGAUGGAGGCUACCACCUCUGUGUGGUCGAAGAAACAUCUCAUCGUUGCAUACAUCUUGAUGUGGUGCAUUACCUUCGUGGAUGCCAUGCAGCAGGGCACUUCGGGUGCGCUCCAGCCGUACGUUACCAGCAGCUUCUACCAGCACUCCUUGACGGCCUACACCGGCAUCAUGUCUGGUAUUAUCGGCGGCGUGCUCAAACUGCCAAUGGCAAAAGUUCUCGACAUCUUCGGGCGACCGCAGGGUUUCGCGCUCUCCGUGGGGUGCUUAAUUCUUGGCUUGAUCAUUAUGGCAUCGUGUAACGGAGUGCAAGUGUACGCCGCGGCUCAGAUCUUCUACUGGCUAGGGUACAACUGCAUGAGCUACACUCUAGGAAUCUUCAUCGCCGACACGUCCUCCCUGAAGAACCGAGGAUUCAUGUUCGCCUACGUCAACUCCCCAUAUAUCGCUACCGUCUGGAUUGCUGGCCCUCUCUCUGAAGCAUUCCUAUACGGUCCUGGUUGGCGAUGGUUCUAUGGCGCCUUUACCAUUAUCACCCUCGCCGUGGCUUCACCCCUCUACUUCUUGUUCAUGCACAACUACCACAAAGCCGUCAAGGCGGGGAUCAUUGUGCCUAUCAAGAGCGAGCGCACCUUCAUGCAGUCGGUUAAGUACUACGCCAUCGAGUUCGACGCUGGGGGCCUCUUCCUGAUCAUGGGAGGGCUCGUCUUCUUCCUGCUUCCAUUCAGUCUCUAUUCGUACCAGGAUGGCAAAUGGAACUCGCCUCUCGUGGUAUCCUUCUUCAUCAUUGGCGGGCUGAUGCUGAUCGCCUUUGCUCUGUAUGAGAAAUACGUCGCGCCGAAGACCUUCAUUCCAUUCGAGCUCCUCACGGACCGCACUGUGCUUGGCGCCUGCAUUCUAGCCGGUACUCUGUUCGUCAGCUUCUACAUCUGGAACGCCUACUUCUCGUCCUUCCUCCAGGUGGUUAACGGGCUCACGCUCACGCAAGCGACCUACGUGACCAACAUCUACAGUAUCGGGUCUUGCUUUUGGUCCAUCCUUGUCGGUCUUGCCAUUAUCUGGACCGGCCGCUUCAAAUGGAUCGCGCUUUACUUCGGAGUCCCGGUCACCAUGCUCGGAGUCGGCUUGAUGAUCCACUUCCGCCAGCCCGACCAGACCAUCGGCUACGUCGUCAUGUGCCAGAUCUUCAUCGCCUUUGCUGGAGGCGCGCUCGUCAUCACAGAGCAGAUCGCCGCAAUGGCCGCCACAGACCACCAGUACAUCGCCGUCGUGCUCGCCAUCGAAGGCAUGUUCUCCAGCAUCGGCGGCAGCAUCGGCAGCUCUGUCUCCGCAGCCAUCUGGACCGGCGUGUUUCCAGACAAGCUGGCCGAGUAUCUGCCUGCCGAGAACCAGGCCGAUCUCUUGACCAUCUACGCUUCGCUUCCCACGCAGCUCUCCUUCCCCAAGGGGACGCCGGCAAGGAUCGCGAUCGAGAAGGCCUAUGGCGACUCGCAGAAGUGGAUGUGCGUCGGCGCCACUGCUAUCAUGAUCCUUGCCAUCUUCUGCGUCGCCGUCUGGCGCGACAUCAGGGUCAAGGACUUCAAGCAGACCAAGGGUACUGUCGCGUAA